AACGACGACGACGAUGACGAUGAUAACGACGCGUGCACGUCGUUGAGCGAGGAGCGCCGCCGGAGCGCGCGGGGAGACGACAGCACGGGGGGUGGAUAAUAGGAAUUUACUGAAAAUCCAAGAUCAAAGCCAUUCAAAACGCUGGAGAAAGACGGAGGAGCUUCGGAGGAGGGGGAGAUGUCUGCUGGCACCCAGGGCGAGAUUCGGGUUGGCCCUUCUCAUCAGGAGUUGGUUUCUUGUCAGGCCCGUUUGCCUGAGUAUCGGCCGGGUAUACCCCCCGGAGAGCUGCCACCCGAUCCAGAAUUCUCUAAGGAGCGCGAGGAACUAAAAUGGGUACCGGCCAUGGCGCUCGACGGGGAUCUGCUCAUGUACUUGAGGGCGGCGCGUUCGAUGGCCGCGUUCGCCGGCAUGUGUGACGGCGGUUCCCCGGAUGAUGGUUGCGUGGCCGCCUCCCGAGACGACACUACCAUCAACGCGCUGGACAUCCUUCACAAUUCUGGCUAUGAUCCCGGUAGGGCGCUCCAGGCACUCGUCAAAUGUCCCAUACCGAAAAGCGUCGACAAGAAGUGGUCCGAGGACGAAACUAAGCGAUUCGUCAAGGGCCUGCGGCAGUUUGGAAAGAAUUUCGCGCGUAUUAGGAAGGACCUUCUGCCUCACAAAGACACGCCGGAGCUUGUCGAGUUCUAUUACUUAUGGAAAAAGACCCCAGGCGCAAAUAACAAUCGGCCGCACCGGCGACGCAGGCAGAGCUCACUACGGCGUAUCCGCAAUACGCGCAACUCACGUGCCGGCACUCCGAAGGAAGACGUGCCAACGCCGACUAAGGACGCGCAGCCGACGGCCAACAUUAGCGCGAAGGAGGCCGCAUCCGAGGCCGAGACCGUGCCGGUCGGUACCCCGGCCAGCCAUAAUCCCGGCGGCGAGAUCAGUUCCGUGACCGAGGACGACAAUUCGGAAGAGGACAGUGACUCGCGCGACACCAACACGAACGGCGCCGCGCACUCGUGCCAGCACUGCUUCUCUACCAGCUCGAAGGACUAUCAGGUUGCCGGUAAGGAUCGAUUGUUACUUUGCGCGGAAUGUCGAUCGCAUUUGAAGAAGACCGGCGAGCUGCCACCCGCGCCGCCUUAUCUAUUCCGCCCGGUGCCGGCGGAAUCGCCUGAAAGCCCCGGUAGAAUGCGCACGCGGAACAAAGCUAAGGAGACACCGAGGCCAGCGAGACCGCGACGAACCGGUGGCACCGAUACGCCUGAUCAGGAGAAGCAGCAGCAGCAACAGACGCCCGACAAGAGCAAAAAGAAGUCGUCCGGCAAAGCUGAUACGCCCAAGAAGGGCCAGAAGCGCUCCGGUCAGGUGGACGACGCCUGCAACGACGAAGACAAAGAUUUGCAGAAGCGAAAACGCGGCGGCGGCGAACGGCCCGAAAGUCCGUCCGAAUCUCUCACUACCGAUAGCAACUCCCUGAUGGAUGAGCCGGAGAGGGAAACGGAGGGCGACGCAAACGAGAAUCAACCGACGCCGCCGACUGUUGCCGGUGUGGCCGGCGUGGAGGAGCCCGUGAGUAGUCCGGCUGUCACGACGCCCGAGGAGCCAUCCGAGCCGACGCCAGCGUCUACACCAGUGCCGGCUGUGUUACAGAGCCUGCCGAUAUCCGUGCCAGUGAUACACAGCUUGGAGAAGAAACCGCCCGGUCUGUUGGAUCAGGAAUCAGUGGAAAGUAAGAUGAUGGACCAGGUGGAGGAUGUGCCGUUAGCGAUGAAUCAAUCGUUGGAACCGAUGCCGAUCGAGGCGACGAUGUCGCCAACGAUGUCCAACGAGGAAUUGGGCAAGGAACCCGAGCCGACGCAGUUGAAUCUGAGCACGUCCACGCAGCAGGUUGGAGGAGGUCCAGGAGCGGAUGCCGGUUCCGCAGUUACGGCACGUAACUUAUCGCAAACUAUACCUGGUAUUAUAACGAGCGUAGGCUCACAGGCGAAUAUGCCAAACUCGCAAAUCCCAGUGAUAUCACCCAGUCAACAGAGUGGCGCCGGCGUUGGUGGUUUGCCGACGAGUCUAAGUAUGCAAUACGUACCGCAAGCACCACCGCCGUCGUUACAGCCGGUGCAGAACGUGCCGCAGAAUCUGUCGCAGAACAUACCGCCGCAGAUGACGCCGAACAACGUUCCACCCAGCGCGCAGAAUAUGGGACCAACGAAUCUUCGCACUCACGUGACCGAAAGUUUGCAGAGCUCCGCGCAAACGUUGCCUCAAAACAUGACGGGACCACCGCCGUUGAACCUCAACAUCUCGCAAAGCGUAUCCGCCGGUAUUGGUGGCCCGAUCGGUCAGAUGCCACCGAUGCCGAGCCCGCCGUCGCAGCCGCUCGGGCUGACUGUGAUGUCGUCCGAAAGCAGAAACGCCGAAAGGAUAGCGGAUGAGAGACUGUCUGCGAGCGAGCGGUCUCGAGACAGCAGAAUUCCCACAGACUCUCGUAUGAUGCCAGAACGCAUUCCGGAGCGGACAAACGAGAAUAACGAGCCGGAACGAUCGGAGCCGAGUAACCUGUUUCAACCGAUACAGGCCGGCGGAAUGCUGCCGAUGGAGAAGCCCGUCGGUCUCUAUAAUCUGGCCGGGACGCCGCCGAUGGAACCGCAGAACUUGAAGAUCAAGCAGGAGAUUAUACCGCCGGAACCGGAUCCUCUGCAGAGUUUGAAAGAGGUCAAGGUACCGGGUUUCCAGAGCUCUUCUUUCCCCGGCCCGAGCCUGGACAACAUCAAGAAGGAUCCGGACGGCACGAGCAAACCGCCGACUCCGAGCAAGCACUCCGUGCCGCCCGCUCAGACGGUACCAUCGAUACAACCGGUUGCGGCGUCGCCGACACCUACGCCGACACCGACGCCGAGUCUGCCUCCACCUCCCAGCUCAAUCCCACAGCCAGUCAUGCAUCCCGCGCAACAACCAAGUCCGCACAUGGCACAUCCCUUCCAUCCGCACCAUCCGUUGAUGCAUCACUCACUGUUCACCGCUAUGCACCCGUAUCAUCCUCAUGCCUAUCCAGGAUACGCGCCAGUGGGAGGAUAUCCCUCCUUCUCGCCGUAUCCCUAUGGCCCAGUGCCUCAUGCCAUUCCGCCGCCCUCGCCGCAGCGUAGUCAAGAGAGCAGUAGCACCAUGAUGACGGCGCAUCACGCCAGCACUAGCUCGAGCGUCACGAGCAGAGAGGAAGGCGAGAAUCUAAUCGCGAGCCACCAUCAUUCAUCCAGUAUGCAUCAGCAGCCAACCAAUUUACACCAUGACAAACUGCUGACUAUCUCCUCUCAUAGCUCCCACAGUCAUUCCUCGUCGCACAGUUCGCACAGUAGUCAGCGUAAAACGUCGCUCGUCUCCACGUGCCUGACAUCGUCCAGUUCCGCACACCAUCAUCAUCGUCCGCCACAGUCGCAGCAACCGCAGACCGUGCCGGAGCCAAAGAUCGAACAGGAUUUAGACCCGGAACCGGAGGAGUCCAUUAGUCCUCGCGGACCAUCACCAGAGCCUCGUAUCGAGGAUUCAGAAUGUCAUCGAUCGCAAUCGGCGAUCUUCCUUAGGCAUUGGAAUCGUGGUGAGAACAAUUCGUGUACGCGCACCGACUUGAUGUUCAAACCGGUGCCCGAUUCGAAGCUGGCGCGGAAACGCGAGGAACGCUCGCGCAAACAGGCGGAACGGGAGCGGGAGGAGCGCGACCGCGCCGCCGCCGCGGCGCAACAAGCCCGGAAGAUGACGACGCCCGAGAAACAGCCAGAAACGUGCAAACCGCCCAGUCGCGGUCCUCUCGAGCCUGUCGUUUCGCCUUACGACCGUUACGCAGCACCGCGUCCCGGUUCUUACGCGGACACCCCAGCACUCAGGCAACUGUCGGAGUACGCCAGACCACACGCCGCCUUCUCGCCCGCCAGACAUCCGGCCCCGACAGAUCCGAUGUUGCACUACAUCUACGGACGUGAGGCCGCGGCGGCACAACGGCUGGAGUUGGAGCAUUUGGAGCGCGAGAAGCGGGAACGCGAGAUACGCGAAUUACGCGAAAGAGAGUUGAAUGAUCGGUUAAAGGAAGAGCUGUUCAAGGGCACACCCAGACCGAUGCCGGCGCCGCCGGUCGAUCCGCACUGGCUGGAGAUACACCGUCGAUACGCCGCCGCCGGUCUGGCACCGGGUCCUUCAGGACCGCCUCAAGCCUUACACCAAUUCGGCCUCUACGGGGCUCCACCGGGUCCCAGUCAACUCGAGAGGGAACGACUCGAGCGACUAGGGAUUCCGACUGCAGCCGGCGGGGGGCCAGCGGGUGGAGCGGCUGGCCAUCCCGUGGCGGCUCAUCACCACGGCCAGCUGGAAGAACGGCUGGCUCUGGCCGCUGACCCGAUGGUCCGAUUGCAAAUGGCUGGCAUCUCGCCCGAAUAUCAUGCUCACACUCACGCGCAUACGCAUGCGCAUACGCACUUGCACUUACAUCCGGGACAGCAACAGGCCCAGCAACAGGCUCAGCAACAGCAGGAAGCCGCUGCGGCUGCGGCUGGAUUUCCUCUGCCGGCUGCAGCCAGCGCCAAUUACCCUCGUCCGGGUUUAAUGCCGCGCGAUCCCGCCUUGGCGCUUCACCCAGCGGAACUUCUAGGAAGACCCUAUGCGGACAUGGCGGCGCAUCACGAGCAAUUGCAACGGCACCUCAUGAUGGAACGCGAACGAUUCCCUCCGCACGCAUCCCUCGUGGCCCAUCACGAGGAAUACUUAAGACAACAGCGUGAGCGUGAGCUUAAAGUUCGCGCACUGGAAGAAGCCGCACGUGGAUCGCGUCAAUAAGCAUAUUUUUAUUUAUAUAUAUAUAUAUAUAUAAUGUUAUAUAUUAUGUAUAUAUAGAUAGAUAAUAUAUACAUUAUAUAUAUAGCCUUGACUGUUAGACGCGGCAUAUAUAUAUACAUAUGAGCGUUCUUUCAACGCACCGACGAGAUUUCCCGAAAAAUUCAUUCGGGAUAUCGCUGUAAUCUACCAUCUAAGAUCAGAAACUAUUUUUAUGGUCUUUCAGAUCGAUGUAAACAAAGGAAUUAUAAAUAUAUAUAAAUAUAUAUAUAUAUAUAUACAUACAUGCGCGGCGAAUAUGAUAUUUGUAAUUGUCUCGCUAUUGUAAAUAGUACAAGAUAUUUUAGAGUUUCCUGGCGCUGUAUCAUCGGUGCUGGCACAUUCUUAGAGAGAUCGAGAUUUAUACAUAUAAAUAUAGAUGCUUGAUAUAUAAGCUAUUUUCAAGUUUCUCUAGAUAUUACACCGUUAAUGCUCCACGCUGUCAACGUCACCGCUCGUCGAUCGUGCUCGACCUUACUUUUUCCUUUACAAUUUGAUUUUAAGUGGUACACACAUGCCAAAGUGCUUGUACGAAGUGAAAUUAGGUUUUUUCAUUCUUUCAUAUGUGUAUAUACAUAUUUAAAAAAAAUAUAUAUAUAUAUACAUAUAUAUUAAAUAUGUAUACGUAAAAUAUAUAUAAGAUUACAUAUAUUAAAUAUAUGUAAUAAUAUAUAUAUUUUACAAGAUUUAUUUCCGUAAAAAUAAUAAGUAUGAAGCGAGGAAAAAAGAUAGGCAGAGGCGACAAGCCGAACGGUCUUGGUUGGAGCGAGUGGAACAUAUACAUUUUGUUUACGCAUCUUUUUACCAAAACUUAUCUUGUCUUGACUAAUUUUAUAUUCUGCACCGUGUAAUAUGUGUAAGUAGAGUAAAAAAGAAUUACGUCUGCGUUUGUAUUUAAACCUAUUACAACGCAGAAUCAUUUUUGAAUAUUUCAAAUUUGACACCACUCGAAGAACCUUCCACAUCGAUCUGCUCGAUCGUCCGCAUAGUCGCGUAAAGUGUGUAACCUAAGUUUUAUUAUUAUUUUAUUAAUAUAUUAGCCACUUUUGUGUAUAUUUUCUAUAUGUAUUUCUUAAGGUAUUCCUUUUGCAUACCGCAGGUCUUCGGUAACAUAGCGUGCGGUAUCAUCAAUGAUUAAGAUUAUAUGAAAACUUAAUUACGUCUUGUAUCAGCUGAUCCCGCGUGAUGAUGUUUCUUCGACAAUAUUGAACGUUGAAGUAAUCUUAUUACGAAUCGACGACCACUUGAGAAACAUGUAAAUUUUAUGCUGUGUAACUGAUUCGAUGUAACCAAGUUAUUUAAUUGAGUAAACAUUUCAUACAAAGCACAACA